AUGCUCUUCACAACCCUUGCCCUAUGGGCCAGCCUCGCGGCUGCUGCCCCCGUGUGCGACACCACCAACUUCAUCACCGUCGACACGUCCAAUGGUCCCAUCACGGGUCACCUCGCUGACAACUCGGCGUGCGUGGUCGAGUACCUGGGCAUCCCGUACGCAAAGCCCCCCGUGGGCAAGCUGCGCUUUGCUCCCCCUGAGCGCUUCACCUCUAGGGAACCCUACAAGGCGGAAAAGUUUGGCUAUGACUGCCCCUUGUCGCCUAGCAAGAAGGUCGACUAUCCUGAUAUGACGCCUCAGGCGCAGGAUAUUAUUUCCUACUUUGCUAGCAACGCCGGCACUCCUCAGAGUGAGGACUGUUUGACUUUGAACAUUUGGUCCAAGGCCACGUCCAACUCUGUCAAGGCCAACAAGCCAGUGCUGGUGUUUUUCUACGGCGGACGCUUCGCUAUCGGAAACACCAACAGUCCUUUCUACAACGGCAAGUACUUUGCUGAUUCUGAGGACAUUGUUGUCGUCACCGUCAACUACCGCAUUAACAUCUUUGGCUUCCCCGGAGGCCCCGGAGAAGCCAACCUCGGCCUGCGUGAUCAGCGUGCUGCCGUUGAAUGGAUCCGUGACAACAUCUGGCGAUUUGGCGGCAACCCUACCAAGAUCACCAUUGCUGGCCAGUCUUCUGGUGGCGUGGCUGUUGACUACUGGACCUACGCCUACCAGAAGGACCCCAUUGUCAACGGCAUCAUCGCCCCUUCUGGAAACGCGUUUAGCUUCCCUGUCAACGCCGAGGGCGUCCCUGAGAAGAACUGGAACACGGUUGUCUCCGCUGUCGGAUGUGGAGAUGCCAAGGAUGUCAUGGCCUGCAUGCGCGAGGCCGACUGGGAGGACAUCAAGGCGGCCGCCGCCACUGUCAGGCCUACUUCCAGCUCUAGCGUCCUCCGAUCCAUCCCUCCCUUCUACCCCAAGCCCGACGGCAAGCUUGUCUUUUCCGACUAUGUCAGUCUGACCAAGGCUGGCAGCUUUGCCAAGGUUCCCAUUCUUAUGGGUCACAACCAUAACGAGGAUGGCUACUACCGUAUUCCCGCCUACGGCAACGGCGUCACUCCCACCAACGCCCAAGUCACUUCAUUCCUCCUCGAGUCUUUCACCUGCCCCGUAUCCUACCAGGCCAAGGCUCGGCGCGGCCACGGUGUUUCCGCGUGGGCCUAUCGAUACCUUGCUGACUGGGAUAACACGCGUCUCUUCCCUACCAGCGGAGCCUACCAUGGUGUGGAUCUGCACAUGAUCUUCGGAGCUUCUGGAGACGUCAGCGGAAUUCAGCCGUCGGCCGACCAGAAGAAGCUUACCAAGAUUAUGCAGCACGCCUGGUUCACUUUUAGCGACAACCCUACCAAGGGCUUGAUGCAGCUUGGCUGGCCGCAGUUUGAUCCCAACGGCAAGACUCUGAUUGAGCUGGGCAAGGGCACCAAGCCUGCUGUCAGCUUCGUCAAGCCUUCGGUGUAUGAUGCACCCUGUUCGACGAUUACCAUGGGUGCGCUUGGCACCUCGUCAUAA